AUGUUCUCUCCCCUCCAGUGUAUCUGCUCAGUGGCCAACAAUAGAGGAUUGUGAUUGUACUGGGCUGCUCCCAGGUGUGAAUGUGUAUGAGUGUGAAGCAGGACGUUCCUGCAAAACAGCAUAUGUGCUCAAUGAACCUACCCUGGGUAAAUAAAGGUUAAAAUGGAAAAAUAAGACUGAAUAUGUGAAAAGGAAAACAGUCAUAAGAAUAUAUUGUAAUGGUGGUAUGAAUUUCCUGGAUUUUAGCACUAUUAAUUAGAAUCAGAUCUUUAAGUGGUGUUGUUCUGUGUCUUACAAUUGGAAACAGAAACAUUUGUGACAGAACAUAUAAUAAUGUACAUAUUAGAAAAGUACUCAUAGAAGAUGAGUUGCCCAAGAGCACUUCUGAUCUGGAGACACUCCUCAUUUUCCAUUGGGAAAAAUCCUUGGUGUGUCCCAAAUAAAUUCUUAAUACCAAAUCAAGUCAAAAAACCACAUCUCAAGAUUUUACAUAGGUACUAUCAUUGCAAUUUGUUAAUAGGCUCAUUUAGAGCUGAAAUCUCAUCAAAUUGUUCAUUUUGUAAUAUAGAGGAAACUGGUUAAUUUAUUCUAUAGAUAUCCCUACUCUCUUUACUUUUGGGACACCAUAUCUCAUUUUAGUGCAUUCUGCAGGAUGGUUGAAAUUAAGGAAUUGGUGGUCUUGUUUCUGAACUGCAAUACAGGCAAAAAAUGGAUGACACCAUCAUUCCUUCUUGGUAGAUUCCAGAUUCAUAAACAAACCAAAUUUUAGGCUAUUCUCUGUAGAUCUCAAUAUUUUAUUCAAAUCCUUAGUGUAAAUCCAAACAGAAAGGCAACAAAUACAUCCUGCAUUCUACAAAAAUUUAAAAAAGCUGCCAAAAGUAAUAACAUUUUUUCCCUUUUAAUUUAUUUAUUUUUUAUAAGUAUAUCUGGGACUUUUGUAAUAUUGUUGUUACUGUAUUUCAUAUCCAGUUAAUAUUGUCAUGUUUAAUGCAACAGCAACAAAAAGCUUGUGUGUGGCACCGAAAAAAAUGGGUUAACUGUAAUGAUUUUGGUGUGAAUACAUUUUAGAAUUUAAAUGUACUGUCUAAAAUAGUAUAAUUUGGCCAAGUUAAGGAAUUGACUUCAUGGGUAAAUUUUCCUUUUGGCACCAGAAACUUACUAAACUGCAAUACUUCCGGUAACCAUGACAGUUUGCACUCUUCAGGCGGAAUGUCAAUGCCUGCCCCCAGGUACCUGCGAUGCAUGGACCCUAAUAUUAGGGUCGUAAUAUUAGGAAUUUAAGCAGGGAAAUCAUCAAAUACCAGGAAAAUAAAACACAAUAUGCUUAGAGAAACAUAUGCCGCAAAGGGAUAGGUGAAGUUCGACUCAAGCUUGCAGCAUAGCUCUUUGUCGAGUUCAGUCAGGAGUGAAUCAUAGACCUAUAUACGUUGUAAAUCAUCACAGUCUGCAACAUAGACUCUAUGGUAUGCAAUCGCUUCCUUAUCAGUCCGGAAGUAAAUUGUAGAAUUUAGAACGGACAAUAGGUGGCUCGUAUGCGUAGCUCACAUGAUUAGGUUAUGGCACUAGGUAAGCUAUUUAUUUGUUUUCGGCAUAGUAGAACUGCUUAGCCAUUUCACGGUUACAACUUGUCUUUCCCAGAUAUUUAGAAUAUAACUGGCCAGGUAGCGAAAAUGUCGACCUGUGUUGCUUUCCAUACACGUUUAACUUCCAUAAUGGAUCAGUUAACUAAAGUGGCCGUAGCAGAAAUUUGCGGACUUGUAGAUGAUGGCUAUGCGCUUUUACACUUGGAACUGGCUCGAAGUAAAAAGGAGGUAGAAGGAUUAAAGAAGAAAUUACAUAUGAUGGAGCCGUGGAUUGCGCGAGGAUCUAGGGAGGGAACUGGUCACUCCGGGGGCGAGGCUCCCGUUUGCAGUGAAAGAAAAUUAGAUGAGGGAAUCUGUGGAACUGCAGAAGGAGAAUUUUAUGUUGGUUGUGGUAUGUCUGUCGGUGUGCGGAGAGGUGGAGAGCCAUUAUCUUUGGAUAACGAAGAUACUUCUGUUCAAUCUCCUGGGGGUAAGUCUGUGGAAAUGGAGGAGGAAAGGCUUGAAAUGAUAAUCAUCAAAAAAGAAGGAAUGGAUGAGGAUGUGGAGACCAGUGACCCACAAGGAGGACUAAAUGGCAAUGAAGAGAGAGCUGUGGAGUCAGAUGGUGGUGAAAGGUCUCCUAUUGCAGACACACUGACCACACCUGCAGUUGACACAGAGCAGCUCACUGAGCAGCACAGCACCAGACACAGUGUUUGGGAAGACAGUAGCCUGAGCCCUGCUCUCAAGGCAGAACCAGAGGAUGAGACCUUAAACCUCCACCAUAAAGGAACUGAGCUUAAUAGUGGAAGACUGAACAGCCUGGGCAAUGAGUAUGUUUUGUUUGAGAGACCCAGUCAGUUGGAGACUUUCUUUACGCGGGGGAACUCAGAAACGGAGACAGAGGGUCCUGUCUGCUCUUACGCAGCCAAAACCAGCUCAGAGAACUUUCCAGGUCACUCAGAGCUACGACUUGGUCCUACCACAUUGAAAGUGGUAGAUGGGAAACCAGGUGUUUUAUUACUGGAGUCUGGAUCCUUUGAGAGGGAGGCUGGGAUGAGUUCUGCAUGGAACAAAGAGACCCUGCCCAUUUAUACACAAUACAGACGCAAUAAAAAAGACUGGAGCCCUGAAAAAUUGCGGUCACAGAAUGUUACCAAUGUAUAUGCCGCACAUGCUCAAAUAGCACCAAGACACAAUACAGUGGUUCCAAAAUCAAAGGCACUAGCUAUGAAUAGAUAUGUACCUAGCAAUCAAAGUUAUACCACAUCAUUAGGCAUGAAGGCCUAUCAUAAGGCUGGCACAAGGAAGAAACGAUUCAUUUGCACCUUCUGCGGAAAGGGCUUUCCUUCUCUUCACAACCUUGAAACACAUGUGAGAGUUCACACUGGAGAGAGACCAUUCAUUUGUGCACAGUGUGGAAAGAGGUUCACUCAGUCAGGUCAUCUGAAAGCACAUCAGAGUGUUCACACCGGAGAGAGACCAUACAUGUGUACACAAUGUGGGAAAAGAUUUACUGGGAAACAUAACCUUAAAGUGCACCAGCAGAGAACACACCCCACUGAAUCCAAUGUUGGAUGAGCCCCAAGGUUUACUAUUACUAUUACGGUUUAAAUAAAUUACACAUUAAGAAUUGGUGCUCAGAAUCUCUUUGGGGGAACUGCCUGGUUCUCUUUGCGUGUCUGUGGGUCUUUGCAGCUGAAGGGCUAGGAGGUGUGUGAAUAUGAUCUUUUUGUGUUUUUAAUGCCUCAGAGCCUUGGAUCUGAUGUCUCCCUCACCUAGACUGGGGCCUUUCAACCCACUAAAAUUUGUGUGUUGGACCACUGAGCCACCUUGAUGUUUGUUCAUCUCAUUAGUUUGAGAGAAAAAAUAAAAUUGAAAGUUCCUAUUAAAACAAAUGACAGAAAUCCUAACUAAUAUAUCCAUUGGUUUCUUAAAUGUGUGUUAAAUGUUAAAAUGAUCAAAAGAUGAUGUUUUAAAGGACCCAUGCAGCUUGGUGUUUUUAGAAUAGGAACGUGCCCUAACGGUGGUGGAAAAGAGACUUUUUAUAUGCUCUCAUACUGUUCUGAGGGCCAGUAGCUAUAGUACCCAUUUCACACUCAAGCUGCCAUGCUGUCUCCACAACCCCUGAACUCAUGCUGAGCUCUGGUGAUCAUUGUCAAUUGGUGUGUGAAUGAUACAAACUAAAUACAAUAAAAGUAUGUUACUUAUUUGUUUUGUGA